CUCAUUAAAAUUCCCUCACCGUACAGUCACCACGAAACCCGCCUUCAGUGGGGGUGGCACCCGGCGUUCCUGCGCGCCUCUUUGACUGCGCACCACGCACUGACGGUGCGACCCAAGCGGAUCACGCGCUUUUUUUUUUUAUCAGCGGCGGCCGCGCAGAUCGCGGUUGCCCUUCGAGGCGGAGAGUUAACCCAACCGGCGCGUCUCCGCCCCCACACACCACGAACACCCCCAUUCCUUCCCCCCUCCCUCCCUCCCUCCCUCCCGUACAGUCAUCUCUCAUCCGGCGACUGGACGCGCUGCGCACCCACAAGCUCCGCUCCCGCAGAAGCGCUUCACUUGGCUCCCGGCUGCUGUGACGUCUCCCGGUUUUUGUUUUUUUGGGGAGGGGGGAGACUGGAAACAUGUGCGUACGGAUGGUGUGAAGAGUGACAGGGCGGCUUUUUUGUUUUGUUUUUAGGGAGGUGGGCGGGCGGGUUUCUUUUCUCUCGGAAUCGCCAAGUACCCGACGUAACGGCGCGCAGAGAACCAUGAGCACUGUGGAGGAGGAACCGGAUCACAUCAUACCAUGAAGACAAGCCUGCAGGUCCUGCGCUGCCAGCUGCUGAGUGUUCUAGCCGUCUUGGUAGGACUGGCGUCAUCCGCACAGGAGCUGCACCUCGACCAGACGUCCCAGGACUCCAUGGCAACCGCCCGCGGCAGCAGCCACCUUCCCGCCCCCGAACCUCCCCCUCUGGACUUGCAUCAGGAAGGCUCCGGUAGCGGGGGCGGGUCGUCCAAAGGGGGCCCUCGACCCUCGAACGUGGCGCUCCCUUCCCUCGCCCUGCACCCGUUGGCCUUCCGCGACGCUGCAAGCACCGGCCCUCCCGCCCGUCGCCGCGAGCCGACUCGAGUCUACGACCCAGUUACUGUGAGCGCCAACCCGGCCAGCAGCGGCGGCGCCCGCCAGCCCCCCCGCACGGAGGCCCCAAAUAUAGAUGUGGGAUCUGCUGCCAGGGAGGUUCCGGCCGGAGAGCGGCCCCCAGCUUCCUCUCCAGGGACGGGUGGUGACCCCGCAGCGGGCCUGAAACCCGGGGAAAUCGCCGCGCGCCACGCCAUCACCCAGAGGGAGGUGCGUUCGGGGAUCGAGCCCCACACCGCCGGCCAACGGGCGACCGAGGCGACGGAAGGGUCCCCCGCCCUCCCUGCCGGUGACCCGUCAGGGAGUCCAACGCCCGCCACGUCCCCUCCGCCGAUGUCCACCGAGCGGCAACCCAAGACGCAGAGUCCGACAAUCACCGCCGCGCCCAACCAGACCACCGCCGAGGGGGGUCAGGGUCCCGUUGGCGGGGGCAACGGCACGGACAAUGCACCUCAGGGACCGGGGUGGGGGGACGCGACCGCCCCCGCGGGGCCGCCGGCUCGGGGGAACGCCUCGGAGCCCCCCUCCACGGCCAGCGGCAACUUCCUGAACCGGCAGGUGCCGGCCACCACCGAGGACCCCUGGGCGCCCGGCAACACCACGGGCCCCACCGUCGACGCCCCGCUGUCCCGCAUGACCAUCUGCCUGAGCAGGAUGGACAUCGUGUGGAUCGUGCUGGCCAUCAGUGUCCCCGUGUCCACGUGCUGUGAGUCAUGCUACAGAAGACGCAUACAAACAUAUUUGGGGAAAAUUUUUUCUUCUAUGUUUUUCUCCAUGUGCAUUUUGCAGGAUCAGGACAGCUGCCUGCCGCCGAACGGCGACUACAGCGGCAGCAGCGUGGUCCUGGUGAACCCGUUCUGCCAGGAGACGCUCUUCAUCAACAGAGACAAAGCUUCUGCCAUCUAGAGACAGGAAGAAAAAAACAAACAAGAGAGACGCUGUCGGAGUCUCCUCUUCUACUCCCCCUGCUGUUGUUGUCUAUUUUAUAAAUGUGCUAAAUAUUCAGACUUUAUACUGUACAUGACAAACACUAAGAGGCAACCUGAAAGAGGAGCGAUGCAAGCAGACACUCUUUAAGGAUGCACAUGCAUAUUUUUCUGAUGUACAUUUUCUACAGAAGGCUUAAUUGUGAUAAAAAAAGUUUUUAUUGUCUUUAUAAAAUACAGAUUAUAUGUAGUUUUGUUUCAUUAAAGUGGCGCACGGUGGAUGCUGCCACAGGAAAUUUGCUUUAGCGAGAGAAACGUGCAACGGAAACAUUAAAGCUGGGGGUUUUUUUUCAUUUUAUUUUGCCUGUAAGCUGAAUCCUAAAAUACUUUUAGCCUGUUGAACUUGAAUAUAGCACCUACGUUAUUUGUGUGUGUGUGUGUGUGUGUGUGUGUGUGUGUGUGUGGGGAGGGGGGCAGUGGUACGUGAGAUCAAGGCCCAUAUCUAUUAAAGCGAGAAACGCAUGAAAGAACGACUUACAGAGCAAACUUCUGAGUAAAAGAGUCCUUCUGGAAGCCAAGAAUAAGACACAUCUGAGAAGCAACUUCCAUCAAAGUGUAGGAGUAACCUUUAGGUCUUCAUUCUUUACAUGAAAGCUGAAAUACUCUACAUCUGCCCUAUUGUUCAUUAUUACAUUACAUUUGUAUUAAAAUGUACAACAAGAAUAUAGUAAUAGUAUCAAAGUAAUAAUAAAAGUACCCAAAUGUUUGAUUCAUACUACGCAAAUUUAGAUAUAUUAAAAAAAAAUGGUUCUAAUGCAUGAAAAGAGAUUAUUCUUGUUCUUUACACCCUGGAUACCUCUUGACUUCUCCAAAAUAAAUUUUUUUGAUAAGCCCAAACUUUUAUGGUUGAUCAGAAUGCGCGUGCUGCAAGGCCCCGUUUGUGCAUGUAAGCACAAGCCGCCCCCCCCCCCCUCUUCUUAAUUUAAGUAAAACGAGGCUUUGUAUCACUUUCAGCUCAGUUUUUAUUUGUUUCUCUGUGCGUGUCUGUCUUUUCGUCUCCUGUCUGUGUCGUGGAGUGGCGACUGGUUUUAGCCCAGUUUAAGAAAGAGUUUAUCAGCACUCUAGAAAACGAUCAACGACCAACCUUGCUAUUGUAAAUGUCUCCCUCCAUAAUGUGUUUGUCCAUCCAUGCAAACUGUGUUCGUUAAACGAUUUUGAAUUAGUUUUCGGAACUGCGUAUUGUUUUAGAGGCUGUCAAAAAUAUUGACCAAUGGAAACACCGAGAUAAAUUAUGUAUGGUGAGUAUUUCCUGUGCGAACAAAAAGGCAGUUUGAUUUUAAAAAGAGUGCAUAUUUUGAUUAAUUAUUGACUCCGUGGUCCUUCUAUCACCUGUUUCUGUUUUGCAUUGCUGCAGUUGUAUUCAAUAAUCAAUGCUGCCUGCCUAAAAUGUUGCUAAAGAUGUUCCUGCUAUGUGAGAUGUUGUUCUGAAACCACAGAUUUAAAAGGUAAUGUUGAAUAACACGCCUAAACAUAUUGAUAUUUCCUGCAUCUGAUGCUCACGGCUGGGCUUCUUGUUUUGCACGCUCAAAAGUGGAUAUUUUACUAAACGUUCAGUGGCACGAUGGAGCAGUGUUCAACAUUAUGUAUUUUUUGUACUGUAGUAUACACUGUACUUUUUACUGCUGAGCAAUAAAACAAAGAAAAAACA